CUUCUACUAGGCUCUAGAGCAGCCGGGUACAGUUACCUCUGUCAGCCUGUCAACUACUCCAAUGAUGUCAAUGAAGUCAGGAUAGCAUCUGCUCUCUGGUGGUACUACAUCUCCAAAGGAGUGGAAUUCCUGGACACAGUCUUUUUCAUCCUGAGGAAGAAGUUCAAUCAGGUCAGCUUCCUCCACGUCUACCAUCACUGCACCAUGUUCAUCCUUUGGUGGAUCGGCAUCAAAUGGGUCCCCGGCGGACAAUCAUUUUUUGGUGCAACCAUCAACUCUUCCAUCCAUGUCCUCAUGUACGGUUACUAUGGCCUGGCAGCUUUGGGACCUCAGAUGCAAAAGUACCUCUGGUGGAAGAAAUACCUCACCAUUAUUCAGAUG